UGUAGCGGCAAACUGUAGGAGGAAGCGUCGAUCUGACUGGAAAUGAUUAAUUCAAAGUCCACCGUUGUAGUAACGGCACAUAGCGACCAAGUUAAUGGUGAAGUCACGGUAAUUCACACACAGUAACGCGGAUAAUGUCUUCCAUUCACUGAGAAUGUCAAGAAUAGACUUUCUAAAGGUUGCUCCGCAGUUGGCUAUUGAUGUAAACUUAAGGCUGAGCAAAUGUUUGAGUGACACGCCGUGAUUAAGUGUGGUAUUGUUAGCUAGUUAGCUUUUUCAAGCCUGCGGUUUGUUUCAAAAUAAGUACAGGCAGUUUAUUCGUGAACUGCUGAAAACCUGCACGACCAUGAGCCAAAAGACAACAACAGCAGAGUCAGAAGAAAUCUUGAAGCUUUGUGGUCAGGAGAGUGAUACCUUGAAUCUAACCUCUCUCUCGAGAGGAGCUGAACUGAAAGUGGGCGUCCAGGGUACUGGGACUGCCACAAACAAUAUCAAACAGCUCCUAAACGAGUUCAAAGGACUUUAUGAGCAGAGGUUGAGAUGCCUGGACUCAGACGCUUCUGUAACUCGAGAGGAACUGCUGCAGAGAAAAGUGAAUUUCCUGCGGUCUUAUGUGAAUGACCUUGCAGACCAGAACCAGGUGCUGCUUCAGACCAUUGAGGAUCUGCAGAAGGAAGCUGACGACAAGAUUUCCAAUUGGGUGCCUGAGACUGAUGUGAAGACUUUGUUACUUGAUGAACCCGCUGGACCUGCAGCUCACAUCCCACAUAGUGCUGGUGUGUCUGAAUUACAAGACCUGAAAAGCCAGUUGCAAACCAAGGACAUGGUCAUCUCUGAUCUGGAGAGGGAGCUCAGAGAGAAUUUCCAGCAAAAACAAAAGACAGCAGCACAGGUGCUGGAAAGUAGUGAGAGGCUGGUGCACCUGCAAAGCGAGCUCUCCUGUCUGCAGCAGAUCCAGAAAGACAACAUGUGGGAGGUCACUGAGAAAGACAUCUGCAUCACCAAACUGCAAGCUAAUAUUCAGCUGCUGCAACAGGACGGGGCCAACACACAUGCUCAGCUCUCCAAACUGAGUGUCAGAGCGACGGAGCUUCAGGAUGAGCUGAGGAGGAAAGAGGAGGAAUGGAGGCAAAGAGAAGACGAACUGCGGCUGAAAUAUGAGGAGGAGCAUCAAAAAGCAGAGCAGAGGAGAAGGCAUGAGCAGCGAAAGAGAGAGGAGGAGGAGAAGAAGAGGGAGGAGGAGUUGAAGAGAGGGAUAGAGGAGGAGAGAAAGGCCCAUGCUGAAGCUGUUAAAAAGUGGGCUGAGAAGGCAGCUAUUUUGAAUUCUGAGAUGAAAGACAAAGAGGAGCAUGUGAGGCACCUGGACCUGGAUAUGGUUGGUUUGCAAGCCACACAGGACUCCCUGAAGAAAACCUUGGCUAUGAAGGAGAAGCACACACAACAGCUGGUCCAAGACAACACACAGCUCAAAGAAAGUCUGGCUUCACUGCAGACUAAAUUACAAACAAACGAGAGCAUGUUGAGUGGCAUCAGUGAAUCCCUGGAUCAGACCAAAGCUGGACUGAACAUGGAAAGACAGCAGAGGCAGCUGGUCCAGGACCAGUUGUAUCAUGCCAGCAAGGAAAUGGAGCGUCUGCAGCAGGAACUGACACAAGUGCGUUGCACUACUGAAAAGAAGAUUCAGAAGAGGGAGAUUAAGAUGUGUGCACUGGUGAGAGAGCUCACAGAGUGUAAGAGGCAGCACUCUGAAUGUCAGAACGAGUUGCUCCGAAGAGAGACGGCUUUGGAGAAACUGUGCGAGGAGAGGGAUGAGCUGAGAGCUAAGAUGGAGGACUGGGGCAGAGAGUUUGUAGACCUCAGCCAGACCAAAGAGAGACUGGAGGCUGAUUUGGCUUUGUGCCAUGAGAAACUCCACACCUCACACCUUGAGGUUCGAAGCAGAGAAGAGUUAAUUCUGCAGUUAAGAGCUGAGAUGAAGACAGUCGAACAAAAGCAUCAGAGGACACAGGAACAGGUGGCAGCACUGGAGGGUGAGGCAAGACACUUGAAAAACAAGGUCAGAGGACACCAGGAAGAGGCCUGUCAGUUAAGCGCAAAGGUUAGAGACAUCGAGCAACUUAAAGAGCAGAAGGAGAGAGAGCAACAGCAGCUACAUGAUCAGCUCUGUAUUAGUCAGCAACAGGUUAAGACACUGGAAGGGAAGCUGAAGAAGCAGGAGGUCAAGAUGGAACUUCUUCAGCAGCAGCUUAAAGGAGCUAAGGAGGAACUGAAAGAUGUCAGUUUGCAAGCCCAGGCGCAGAAUGAAACUGUAGCCAUUUUCAAACAGAAGUACGCAGCAGCAAUAGAGAAGGCACGUAGGGUGCAAGGGCAGCUGGAACUUUUGCAAGAGGAACUACAGUACUCACAGCAACAGCUAAGAGAGUCCCAAUUAGCCACUCAUUCGGUGAAGGAAGAGCUAGCUGAGAUGGAGCAGCGAUACCAGGAAAAGGUCAGCCAAUGGGAGAACUCACAGGAAGCUCUUGAUCAGUUAACGGACGAGCUCCAGGCCAAUCAGAAUCUACUGAGGGAGAGUCAGCAGAAAGUGGACCAUCUUAAAGGCGUGAUUGGUUCCCUCCAGGAGCAGGUGGACACACUCCAACAGCAGAAACUGAUGUUGGAGUGUGACGUACAGCUGUAUCGAAAGAGUCAUUCUCAUUCUGAUGAGGAAUAUCUCAGCCUGCUGAGACGCGGACAGCAGCUGCAGAAGUGCUGUACUGAGCAGGUUGCGCGCCUUGCAGAGUGUGAAAAGGCUAUUCUUCAGAUGAAGUCAGAGCUGGAGAGACAAACUGAAGAAAAAGCUGCUCUGAAGCAAAGUCUUGUUGUGUCCCACAAUACACACCUGAGCAGUCGCAGCCAGCUGGAACAGGAAGUGCUGUCUCUGAAAAAAGAAGUUACACGUUUAGAGCUUGAGCUGGCGGACACCCAAAAGGUGCAUGUGGCCCUUCUCAGACAGUCAGAGGAGGAGCUGAAGGAGGCCAGACGAGAGGCAGCGAGAAGGAGCAGCGAAUUGGCUGUGCAGAGAGGAGAGGUUCAGAAGUUUCAGGAAGACUUACAGAAGCAGGAGGAGGAGAUGAUGAGUGCCAUCAGACAGAAACAGAGUCUGAGCAGCCACAUCAGGCAGCUGAGCCAAGAGCUGGAGGAGCUGCGCAGCAAGCACCAAGUGACAGUGGAGGAGUUGGCAGCCCGUGCAGAGGAGGCGAGGCGGAUGGAGGGGCGUCUGAAUGAGGGAAAGCUAGCAGAGGGGAAAAUAAGGUCAGUGGCUGCGAGGCUGGAGGCGGAGGUGGCAGAGCUCAGGAGGAAUCUUCAGCAGGCUGUCGAUCACAAACUGAAGGCAGAGCGGGAGAAACAGGAUGCACAGGACCAGGUGGACACACUCCGGUCGGAGCUGGAAGGGACACAGUCUGACAAUGCAAAGCUUCGCCACGAGAGCCAGCUGAUCAUCACUAAUGUCAACCGCUGGAUUGCUGAACAAAAUUCAUCCUCAGAUUUCAGAAAUCUUUUGUCUCCUCUCAGGGCUUCCAACGAGAGCCUCUCUGCCCAAAUGAAAGCCCAAAAUAAGGUGCUGCUCUUCUUCAAUGAAGAAAAAGCACACCUUCAGGAGGCUAAUGACACAUUGAAGUCCGAGGUAAAGAGACUGAAAGAAGUGGCGGAUAAGAAUGAGAGAGACAUGGAACGCUUCAAGACCCAAAUCCUCCGAGACCAAGGCAUGAGGCAAAACAAGAGAACCAUGGAAAAACAGGAUUGUGUGGCUCUAAAUCUCAGCAAAAUCGAAGACAUGCAGACCAGACUGCGACGCAACCUGGAGGCCAUCGGAAUGCUAAAUCAACAAUUAAACGCACUCAGUGGGGAGAAUAAGCGGUUGCGUAGGCAGCUGGAGGAGGAGAGGUCGAUGCGACUGCUCCCUCCUCCUCCUCCUCCUCCUCCUGCCUCCCAGCAGUCCUCCUCCAUCCACCUCCCCUUCUCCCUGAGUGCCUGCCCACCUCCUCCCUCCACCUCCCUGCCCACAUCCCUCCGCCUCCCUCAGUCCCUGAACCUGGACACAGGGACAGGGGACACUGAUGGGAUGUUAACCCAAACAAAGCAGAGCAGAGCUGGGUUAGAGAGAUCGGGUGAGUCCCCGGCUUUGGAUGAAGUGUUCGGGAUUAAGCCGACUGCCUCUGAGGAUGCUUGGUCUGGGAGGACAUGCAGGGAUCUGACCAAAUGAAGCCCCCUGAAGACUUUGACCUGUCAUGACUUUUUGACCUCCAGCUCCUCACCAGGGAGCAAACUCAGUAUGAGGUUAAUGUCCUGCAGGUCAAAGUCAAGUCCCAGGGUGCUUUUUGCCUGAGGGGGCCCUCCAGAACCGGCGAAUGAUGGAAUUUCAUCAGAGUGUGAAAAAUCAGCACCAAAGUGUCUCUAGAACUGUGUAAUGAAGACAUUUCUUUUUAAAAUGUGCACCCACAAAAUGCUGCAAUGCUCAGAGCAGCAGUGACUUAUAAUAUUCGCACUAACUUCUUUAGGUUAUUGCCUUGAUUUGCAACAUAACUGUAGCACUAAGCACCAAAAUAUUUUUUUGCGUUUGCACUUAUUUAAGAAUCCCAAAAGCUCUGAUGACCUGUGGAUUUAAUGAACUAAACAGACCAAGUGAAUAACUGCAAAUUCUUUAGUGUUGAUGAAUGUGUCUUCCACUGGAGAAGCUUUGGGUAAAUGAGGAACGGCACAUCAUCAGUAUCCACAGACAUACCUCAGAUGUCGAAGGGAAUGGCUGUAACACAGUCUCUGCAGCUGUGCGCCAUGUGUCCUGCAUCUCCUGCGGUGAAUGUGGCCGUGUGUCUUUAUUUGUGAGUACAUUAUGUGUCUGCAUGCUUCUGUCUCUCUCUAAUGCCUGUGGGUGAGUGUGUGCUUGUGUGUGAUUAAAUGUUUAUUAUGGUAGAUGUUUUAUAUUUUCGUUUUAUACUUUUAAAAAAGUAUUUAUUGAUUUUCCUCUUUUGCUGUUUAAGCCCCACAUGUUGUAGAGAUAGAAAAAUAAAAACAGAUACAUUUGUGAGCAAUCAAACAUUUAUAACUAUUUUUAUUUAAUCUGUCAGUAUGCCAACAGUAUCUUAUUUCUACCAACUGCGUGUGUGUAACAAGAGACAGACAAUGCUACCUGUUAACAUGACAUAAUAAGGUAUUCUUACAGUUUCACACGGCUGCCGAGACACUCAAAGAUGUUGACAAAGGUAGGAUUUUCAAAGCAGCAAAACCUCAGAUGUGGUUCUGAAGCAGGGACGAAGGCACAUUCAUGUCAUAUUGACCUGCCUUCUUUAUGUUCGCAUCUGCAGGUGCCUUUGUUUAUACAUUGAUAGUGGCUAAACAAGACUGCUGCUCAUACGCACAAGCAAAGAUGGGGAAAAGAAGCAUACAAAUAGCUGAACUUAAACAUAAGGAGCAUAAGCACCAUUAUACUGUGAUAAUGAGAAUUCUGGGGAAAG